AGGAGAUAUGCAGCUGCUUUUAACCCUGUGCUGUUUGUCAGCCUUAGCAAUCCUUUCUGCAGGAGCUCCAAAGAAAAACGAAUUGGAGGAAUGGACAAAAUUCAAGGUGACAUACGACAAAAAGUACAGCCCAGAAGAAGAGGGCCGAAGGUUGGAAAUAUUUCUGGAGAACAAAAAGAAAAUUGAAGACCACAAUCGGCGUUACGAGGAAGGCCAUGUUUCAUUCUCGAUGAGCGUUAAUAAGUUUUCCGAUCUGAAUGAAAGUGAAUUCAAAAAUUUGAAAGCAGGAUUUAUUAAUCCGAAUAUACCAUCAAGAAGACCUGUUUUACGAAACAACCAGCUCUUCCUCAGAAAUGGUGAUAUUCCGGAAUCUUUUGAUUGGAGGGAAAAGAAUGCAGUGACGCCUAUCAAGCAACAGAAGCAGUGUCUUUCGUGUUGGAUUUUUUCAGCGGUAGGUGCAGUGGAGAGCCAACACUUCAUCAAAACCGGACAGCUGGUGGUCCUCAGCGAACAGAACGUCCUGGACUGCGUUAACGCUCCCGAAGACACAGGACAUUGCCGGGUAGGAUGGAUGGACACCGCCUUCGAAUACAUCCUCAACAACGGAAUCGAUACCGACGCGUCUUAUCCUUACGAAGCUGAGAUCAAAAAGUGCAGGUUCAACGAGUCCAAUGUCGGCGCUACGAUCACUGGGUACGCUGAUUUGCCAUCAGGCGACGAGGAUGUCCUUAUGAAAGCUGUAGCCACGGUUGGCCCAGUUUCGGUCGCCAUAGAUUCCAAAGAUGGAAACUUCCAGCAUUAUAAAUCAGGUGUUUAUUACUCAGAGGAUUGCCAGAACACUGAAGCCAAACUGGACCACGCCCUCCUCAUCAUCGGGUACGGUGAAGAGAACGGACUCCCGUACUGGUUGGUGAAGAACUCCUGGGGAACGAGUUGGGGAGAGGACGGCUUCGCGAAGAUAGCAAGAAAUAAGGAUAACCACUGUGGAAUUGCAACAAUACCCAGCUACCCCGUCAUUGAUUAGGAAUAAUAUAACUCCAUAUUUAAAUCAAAUAAUGUAAAUUAAAG